AUGCCAUCGUCAUUUUCAUUUUUACGAAAUAGUCGAACUAAUAGUUCAAGUUCAUCAGUGGAACAUGAUUUAAAAAGUGAUCAAAGUGACGACGACGACAGCGAUCACCAUCACCACCACCACCAUGAAGAGUAUCGUCUAAAACGAACAAUACCGAAUGAGAACGAUAUGUUAGAACGACCUUCAGAUCAUGAUGAUGACAGUUGUAGUCAAAGUGACGUUACCGAUAAUAAUGACGAUGCUGAUGAGAAAAACGAUCUUUUAACUUCAACAAACGAUACUCGAUCAGUUUUGUUAACUCGACAAGCAACAUUGUAUGCUGAUGAUUGGCCGAAAAAACGUACUUUGAAUGAGAAUCCAAUGAGAAAAGUGUCAAUUAACGGCGAGGCAACAAUUUUGGACAAUAAACAUCACGAGAAACUCUUUCUAGAUACAAAUUUCGAUCGACCAUUUUCUUCCGAAAGAAGUAAAUCAGGUGGUAUUGUUGAUAAGAAGUACCACUCACAAAGCCUUCAUACACCACUAACAAGUGAUUUUACUACACCUAUUAUACAGCAACUUCAUUCUAAUUCGGAACAAGACAAUAUGAAGAAAACAAUAGUGCCGCGAACUCAAGCCAAACUGAACACGGGUACAUCUUCGAUUCGAACAUCGCUAGUGACUAAAGGGACACAACGUCCCCUCUCAAAAAUUCCUGUUCGAACAAAUUCAUCAUCACAAUCACGAUCGCGCAGUCCAGCACUGAAAGCUGCAUUAGCAGCGGCAGCAAAAACUCGACGUACGACGCAUUCGCCAACAAAUUCCUCGAAAAUACCUGUGCCAGUUUCGACAACAAGCAAAGGUGCGUUUCGUUUCUUUACAUCGGCAGAUCGUACGGGAACAUCGCAAGUCCCUUCGACGACGCCCUCUACGCAAGUUUCGACUAAAGGCAAUACUCAAGUGUCACCAUUCGCUCCAAUAACACAUCGAAAUACAUUUUCACCAGCACGAAAAGCUACAUCUUCGGCGGGGAACACACCAUCGGCAAAACAUCGACAGUCGCAAUUAGCCCUUAGUGACGAUGAUGAAGAAUCGGAUACAAAUCUUUUAAAAGAAGAUGAUUUAAAGUUGAAACUAAAAGAACAAAAACGACACGGAAAGAAAACAGGGGAAUUGCUUAAUAAACUUCAUGAAAAUUACGAGGAAUUAUUAGAAAAGUAUGCUCAAGCAGAGAACACAAUCGAUCAGUUGCGAUUUCAACCGAAAAUUAUAGGCGAUGGUACACCUUCAUCCAAUGCCUCUGAAGGAAUUGUACAUUUCAUUCAACAGCCUAAAGUUAAUAUGGCAUCUGUGAGAACGAGUGGCGUCUAUCAUUCCACAACGGUAACACCACUUUCUUCUAUAAUGCAAGUGCCUUCAUCAUCAACAACUGAAUCAAACCGUACACCGGCCAUGAAAGGUGUCUCACCAGCGAAUUCAGCAGCUGCUGAAUCUGUAUUUUUUGAUGAAACAGUUCCUCAAACAAUCACCAUCCAAGAAUUAACCACACCUGAAACAGUUAAACUCGAUCUACUCAUACAAACUAAAACUUUAGGUGGAAAGAUGAAAUCAUUUCUUACUCUGAUGAAUGCUAAUCAAUUAAGUUUAGCGGAACAGAAACAAGUAUAUGACACGAUUAAGGAUGAUUAUGAGAAAUUAUUAAAGGCCUUUGAUCGGUCGAAGCAAGGCAAUGAUUUUAGUGAUGUCGAUUUCGAUGCAGAUUUGAAUACGGAAUUGGAAAUGAUGAAGCAGUUGUUGAAAGAAAUUGUCAAUCGAAUCACUGAUAAUCUACUUGGUAAAUCAACGAAUGGCAUAGAAACAGAUCGACAAAGUCGUGGAACACAAAGCGAAACACAUUCGAGUCAGGCUUCCGCUCGAUCGUCCUUAUGCAAUCAUACUGAUCUAAUGGAUCAAUAUCAGAAACUACUCAGUGCAGUCAAUGCUGGAAUAUUAGAAAAACAGAAUGAAGCAAGAUUAUCAAAUCUAAGAUUAGAUAACGAAGUCGAACAAACAAAGAAAGAUUCAUCCACGCUGGAUCUUUCGAAUCACAUACCUCCAAUAACAAGAAAUCAGAAACCAUACGUUCAUCAUUCCGCGCAUUCUGACGAUGAUCAACAAAAACAAACAAAGCGAACGACACCUGUUCAAUUCAAAGAAGAGGUUGAGUCAACAUCAUUUGAGCUUAAUUUGCAUUCACCACCAACGAGUCACCGUCGUUCACCGACGGAUCGAAAACCAAUUCAUCGACAUGAACCCACUGCCGCGAAGACAAAGAAAUCCUCAAGCCAACAAAACAUUCAAAACUAUGAUAAUCUAGAGAAUAUCGCGAAGUCUCAGGGAAAGCAUCGAAAACCGACCACUCAUUAUCAGCCCGAGGAUGAGAGGAGUCCCCCAUCUCUUUCGAAUGGUACGGGUGGUGUGCAUUAUUCAACGCGUUCAAUGCGAACACGUACAAGUGAUUAUGAUAGUGGAAUCGGUACAAAUAAUACCACUAAAUUAAGUCGUGAUAGUAAAUUAAAUACAAGUAUGAUUGACGAAAGUCAUUACCAAUCACUCGACGAUGAUCGACGGCGAUAUACCGAUGAAGAACAAGAAACAAUGUCUAGUGUAUCAUCUCGCUCAAGUGCCCCUAACACAGCCAGUCCUGCAAUGUCAUACACUAAAUAUACAAAACGAUUCGACACCUUAUCAUCAGUGAACGAAAGUUACCGACGGCUACACAGUGGACGAUCAGAUCUCUAUCCAUCAGAUAUUGAAACAUUCGCAGCUGAUUCAUUCGAUCGUACACCGCAAACUUCUCCGUUCAAGAGAAAACCUCGCCAAAGUCAUCCAAACAUUCAAUCACAACAAACACGUUUAACACCGUACAAUCGAAGUGUGUCUACUGACAGUAUCAAUUUUCGUCAUUAUCAAAAUAGUUCAUACCGACCGCAAACAGCUCCACACCAUCCAUCAACGAUCGGACAAGAUCCGAAAAUGAGUCGAAAAUAUCAAAGCGGUAUUGUUCACCGGCAAACGAAACCAUUAGCGAACAAUUCAGAAAAAAUGUAUCGAAGUGCUUGUUACAUCGAUGAACCACAUACACAUCGACGGUCACAAGAAAAACUUGAUCAACGUCACAGACACACACCAGCUCCACCACUUCCACCCUCCUCGUCAUCAACAACGGCGACAACAAGAAAACAAUCAAAUAAUCUAUACUUAGAUACACAAACUGGUGUCUUAUAUCGAUAUAUAUCUAACAAAAAUCAACCUUCGACUACAUCAGUUUAUCAACCAACUUCGUCUCAAGUGAAACCAUGUACAAAAUUAUAUGAAUGUGCUGAUUGUGGCUGUAUGACGACAUAUCAUCACCGUCACCAUUUGUCCUCAACGGUUAAAAAAAAUGCGAACGAUAUCGAUGAUCUUGGUUAUGAAAGUGGAAACAGAAGAAUGAAUCGCCAUCGUCAGUAUGCCAAUCGUGUUACAUCUUCCGACAGCGAAUCCGAAGAAAUUUCCAAUAGCUACGAUAUGGCUGCAUUGAAUGAAGCUUAUGAACGAGCAAGAAAAGUUCAACAUCAUUCACAAGCAUUAUCAAGACAUAUUAGUCGACAGUUGAAACUCAUGUUAGCUACUGUUUAA